GCUUUUUUUUCUAAUUGCUGUUUGCUGCUAUGGGGAAGGGACAAGUCAUUAAAUUAUCUUCUCUCAUGUAGAGAUAUAUAGCUUUAUUUGCAAGCCGUCCCUAGGAGCAGGGUAUUGUGUUGUCAGUUCUACAUCAAACAAAAAUCUGUUGAUUUUGAUGUUGAAUUGUUGGAAAGAACUACAGAGUUUUUACAUAAAUAUUUCCGGAGUGAUCUCAAGGUACCUAAAGGCCAAAAGACUGAACAUGAAAGAACUGAAAAUUUCAAUUUAUUAUUUCCCCUUUCUUCUGCUUGCCUCUGCUAACUGAAGCAUCUUGUGUUCGUAUCUUAAUAGCCUGGGGCUUUCCUCAGAUAAAUCAAUGCACGAUUCUUUUAAUUACCUACUCAGGAUGGAUUUGGACUGCUUACUCUCGUGAGUACCAGAAAAGAAACUUCAUAGGCAGGAGCCAAUGGAGCAACAGCAUAAACCUGCUGUCUCCAACAUUUUAUGCCCCGUGUCGUCUACCUGGCUAACAACAAGCCUAAGCAUGGCCAUUUUUGAAGUGCUGCUGGCACUGAACUAGGCACAGCACAGCUUCCAGUCUAACUGCCUGCUGUGCACAAAACGCAGUGUUAUCAGUGGUGAGCUCACUACUAUUUUCUCCAGAAAGGACAAGCCUUAAAGAUAUUUAUCUCCUGAGUAACUACUAAUAUUCACAGAAUGACCGUUUUCAGUCAGUCAAUUGCUCUGACACAGUUAGGAGCUUAAAAUCCUUGGCCUAUCAUAGCUGUAGAGGUAAGAGCUGUGUAAAUCUCCAGAUGUGGCUUUUCAUUACAGCAGAACUGCAGUGAGGGGUCCCUGUACUCUGCGUUCAUAAACCACUGAGCAGAUAUGGUUCAUCCUGGGCACUGCAGCAUGUCUGCUUUGGCCAUUGAGCAGAAGAUGGGCACACACUGCUCUGCUGUUCUGCUCCCCCAGAAGUACUGUACCUUCUCUUGAAGCUCAUGAUGUCUUCUGAAUUUCUGGCAGGAGAGAGGCAAAUAUCUAAAGAAAAAUGGUAUGAAAUGCACCAAGAUAAUAAAGACACAUGGGGUUUCUUUUCAAAUUCACGGUUUAGCUGUGCACCGUCCAUUUUGAAGUGAUGCCCUCUGGCUGAGGGUUCCACAUGAAUCACACAUGGCCCAUUUCAGCCAAAAGUCUAACAAUAUUCAGCAUUUUUUUCCUUAAAGCUCAGCUUCCUUGGAAGCCAGCAGUUCAUGGCUCGUAGCAUUGCAGGUUGAGUAUUUCUUCUGAACACAAGUUUUUAAUAGUGCAUUGAGAAAAAUACGGAAACAUAUUCCAACUCUUUUCUAAAUCUUCUGAGCACUGAAGACAAGUUAUAAAAUCAGUAUUAAAUAAAGCUGUAUUUCAUUUAGGGAAAGGAAACUGACUUCCCAGCUUGGCACUGGGGCUUUCAGCUUUCUUCCAGCUACUGAGAGCUAUCAGGAGGAGACAUUUGGUGCUGGAGGAAAAAAAAAAAAUCACUGGUCGCUCAGGAAGGGUGAGAAAAGUGUUGACGAGCCAUGCCGCCAUUUUGUGAUCAAUCGUUUCACUGAUUGCAGUGCCUGCAGCGAUCUGGGUGCUGCAGGGCUUUGCUUAAACAGCUCCUGAGGUACAGCAAAACUGGAGAUCGAUUUUGGCUUCAGUUGCUAAUGCAGUCAGUCAGUCCUGGUCAGUCAGUCAGUCCCAGCCGGUCAGUGGGUCAGUCAGUCUGUGGGUCAGUCAGUCUGUGGGUCAGUCAGCCAGUCAGGGCGGGAAAGGCUGCGGCCGUUGGGAAGGGUGGGGCCGACUCCCCCCUUGGAAAGGGCGGGAAAAGUCCUCGGUCAGUCAGGAAAAGCCAUUCUUCAACUGAAGCUCUGCAGCAAAUUUCUGCUUUCCCUGGAUGGUUACCCCUACUGUUUCCCUUUAUGUCCCAAAAUAGCCUUUUCUAAUCUGGCAGUCUCUUUAAAACAGCUCCAACCCUUCCAGAGACGUUGGGUGUGCAGUGCCCGCCAUGGAGGCGUGCGGUGCUGAGGCGCUGGCUGGGCACGAGGAUGGGUCCAAGGAAACCAGAGCAUCAGCUCAUGGCAGCCACGUCCCCAGUUCUGAAGUUCUUGAAGCAAUAGAAAAUGUUAUUCUAGAUGUGUUUAAAAGUUUGGCCAAAAAACAAGCACCUGUUCUCACACUGGCUAAUAGAUCAGAUUGGAGGAAUGUAGAAUUUAAAGAUUCUGUAGGUCUCCAAAUGAUACCACAUUCUACUACAAAACAAAUCAGAAGUGACUGCCCUGCAACAGCACCAAAGUUUGCUAUGAUGCUCAAAAUAUUAUCUAUGAUCUAUAAGAUGGUGCAGAGCAAUUCGUAUGCAACUAAAAGAGAUAUAUACUACUCAGAUACACUCCUGUUUGGUAGCCAGAGAGUUGUGGAUGAUUUAAUCAAUGAAAUCUCUUGCAUGCUUCAGAUACCUCGAAGAAGUCUGCAUAUUCUGUCUACAACUAAAGGUUUUGUUGCUGGUAAUUUAAGUUACACUGAGGAAGAUGGUACAAAAGUGAAUUGUGGCUGUGGUGCAACUGCGGUCACCGUGCCAUCUAACGUUCAAGGAAUUAAAAAUCUAUACUCACAUGCCAAAUUUAUAUUAAUUGUAGAAAAAGAUGCAACUUUUCAGAGACUGCUGGAUGAUGAGUUCUGCAUUAAACUGGCCCCAUGUAUAAUGAUUACGGGAAGAGGUAUACCAGAUCUUAAUACACGACUUCUGGUCAGAAAGCUCUGGGAUACAUUUCAAAUUCCCAUUUUCACCCUUGUGGACGCAGAUCCACAUGGUGUGGAAAUAAUGUGUAUCUACAAAUAUGGAUCUGUGUCAAUGUCUUUUGAGGCUCACCAGCUCACUGUUCCAUGCAUAAAGUGGCUUGGUCUCCUUCCGUCUGAUAUCAAGAGAUUAAACAUAAGGGAAGAUGUCCUGAUCCCAUUUACAAAGCAAGAUCAAAACAAGUUAGCAAGUCUACAAAAGAGACCUUACAUUGCUUGUCAGCCAGUGUGGAAAAAAGAACUGGAAAUUAUGGCAGCAUCCAAAAUGAAGGCUGAAAUCCAAGUUCUAACUUCUCUUUCAUCAGAUUAUCUUUCCAGAGUGUAUUUACCAAACAAAUUGCAAUUUUGUGGAUGGAUAUGAAUGCCUAUUUGCAAAUGGGAUGUUUUUCUUCAUAUUGAUUUGGUUUCUUGACUAAGAGAAAAACAGAGAAGCAAAGGAGUGUGUAUCAGCAUCUUGCUCAGCUUACUGUAACUAGAUUAGGAUUGUCUCUUCUUUCUAUUUCAAGCUGUAAAAGGAAUCACAGCUCUUUUACAGAGCACAGUUUGUUCCACUCCGUGCCUUUUGCACUGCAGCGACUCUGCAAGCAGUGCCACGGCCAUAGCAGGACACAAAUGUGUCCCUUCCACCAGGGAACGUUGUUACAGAUGGCAGUUAGGAUCGUAUCGAGGAAUUGUUUUGUCUUCUGCCUUAAAGCAGCAGACGAUGCUGUGCACACUUUUCUAUUUCUGCAGAGUAAAGGAUUUGUUGGCGACUUGUUGUAAGCACCUCCUUGGGGAAACACCGGCAGCCCAGCACUGCGCUGCUCUGCGUUCUGCGUGCGCUCGGGCUGGCAGCUCACAGCAGCGCUUCAUCCGAACCGCUGCAAACGUUCCAGCGACCCAACCGUUAUGUGUUUGGAGUGAGCGAGCACCACCAGGUGUUGUUCAUUAAGAGCCUAAUAAGCAAUCUCGUUAAUGGUGCACGUCACAACAAAAUCCCUCGUUCAUUUUCUUCACUUGGCUCCGAAACGGUAAAAAGGAGCCGGAAACGGCAGUGAUUAAAGCGUGUAAUUAACUUUAUAUGAAGAAACGAAAUUGACUGCA